CUUCGAAACAACAGACGAAAGCCUCCGCAGCCACUUCGAGCAAUGGGGCGCCCUGACCGACUGCGUGGUGAUGCGGGACCCAAACACCAAGCGCUCGCGAGGCUUUGGGUUCGUCACGUAUUCCUCAGUCGAAGAGGUCGAUGCUGCCAUGAACGCCAGGCCACACAAAGUCGACGGCAGAGUUGUUGAACCAAAGAGGGCCGUUUCCAGAGAGGACUCCCAGCGGCCCGGGGCCCACCUCACAGUCAAGAAGAUCUUUGUGGGCGGCAUUAAGGAAGACACAGAAGAGCAUCACUUGAGAGACUAUUUUGGCCAGUAUGGCAAAAUCGAAGUCAUUGAGAUCAUGACAGACCGCGGCAGCGGCAAAAAGAGGGGCUUCGCUUUCGUCACCUUCGAUGACCACGACUCCGUCGACAAGAUAGUCAUUCAGAAAUACCACACUGUGAACGGGCACAACUGCGAGGUGAGGAAAGCCCUCUCGAAGCAGGAAAUGGCCAGCGCUUCAGCCAGCCAGAGAGGCUGUCCCCCU